UAAUAAUAAUACAAACCAACAAUCUGAAGCCGUUUUCCCCUUCGCUUGGGGAGGGAGAGAGAGAAGGAUUGGAUGCUUAAAGUUAGCGGCGUACUACGCAGUACGGAGUAUGUAUGCCUAUUAUUAUUGCUAGUCCCUCCCCAGGUUAGCCGGCGUUGGAUUGGCCUGCUCACAGUGGCUCAGUUCUCACUAUUCGCUGCGUAGGAAGAGUUGUGGCUGCACUUGCCAUGUUCGCUGCUCAGCCCGCCCGCUCGCCCGCUGCUCGCUCCCCCCCUUUGCCUUUGUCCGUCUUUUCUCCUUCUUCUUCUCCGUCGUCGUCCCCUUCUCCUCUUCUUCUUCUCUCAACCUCCAGUCCAGUCCGUCCUCCUCAAUCCUCGCCCGCUGCUCUCCGUUUAUCUUUCUCUCCCCACGUUCAUUUCUACUUGUCAUUCAUUCAUUCUUGCUUGCCUGGUUGCUCGUUGUCUUUCCUUCUUUCUUCUAUCCCCCCCCCUCCUCCCCCUCUCUUCUUCUCUUCUUCUGUUAUUAUUCGCGAGCCAUACCAGCCAAGAUACACAGUCCUUUCACAGAGCCCCCAAGCAAGGUGCUCUUCACGAGAGAAAUUUGACUGUACCUGGGCUAUCAUCGCGCAGUCGGGCCCUUGAUUCUUUUGUUUUUCUUUUUUUUUUUUUUUUUUUUCCUAUUUUACGAUUUUUAGACAUGCGAUCCAUUUGUUUCAUGUAUCUCACUUACCAUCACGUCCGCGACUGAUUUUCAUCCCUACGCCGAUAAUCCGAGAGAGAUAGUAUAGUGUGUUAAUGUAGAUCGCCUCCAAAUACUAAUCGCAGUAUUAUCAUCGAUCGCACCUCCGCAAACAUCAAUCAACAAGAACAAAUUCCUCUUCGAGCCUCGAGCGCACUGGUUGCUGCAACUAACAUCCGUUUCAUUCCUUCCCUUCUUCGUUGUGGGCCUGCUCUUCAUCCGUCUGUCUUAAGGUAGUCAGUCAACUCUGCAUUGCAGCCUCACGAUCAUCACGAUGGCACAUCAACAUGACCACCACUGGGCCGCCCACAAAAGGGAAUUGGGCAAGAGACAGAGACGUCCGGAAAUCGUGUUUGUGACACUCCCUCCAGACUUUGAAGGUCCUAUCGGGGGGUUUUUUACAGAGCAUGCACCGGGCGUGGGACCCCCUGUCCGACCAACGAGGACACCAGAGCCUCGUCCCUCCAGGCGUCCCGCAAGCACCUCUGCCAGGCCUACGCCGAAAAGAACAUCAACAACACCUGAGCGGCCCAAGUCUACCAAGGAGACUACGGCAUCAAACAGGCCAUCCAGAACUACAAUGGCUACAUCGACUUCAGACAUCUCGUCGGAUACCGUCAAUACGCCCACUGGGUUUAAUGAGUUUCGCCAAACCGGCACGGGUACCGGCUCACCAACAGCGAUCACCUCAUCUGAUGUCUCCAGUGGCAUGUCUGGCGGUGCAAAGGCAGGAUUGGCAAUAGGAAUUAUCCUGCUAAUUGGCUUGAUUGCGGGUGCUGCGUUGUUUUUCAUCCGGAAGAAGAAACGGGAAAAGUCGGAAUUGACCGGUUUCGAUACUGAAAAGCCGUUCGGCGCAGCAGCGCGUUCAGAUUCUGGUCCUGGCCCUACUGUUGGCGGCAGUGACCCUCCCCCCAUGACGCGAACGAUGACCUCUCCAACUGCUCCCCAGCUAAAUAUUCGACCUAUUACACAGUUUUCGCCCGACCUUGGUGGCCACACCACUCCAGGAAAUGCGUUUAGCAGUGGCAAUCUUGCUCCUGGUGUCGCCGCUGUUGGUGUUGCACGCAGUCUUACUGGGGAGAAGCCAGCGCCGCCGCCCAAAACAUUCAACAAUGAUCCCAAUCCCUUCAAUGACCCGGUCAAUCCCUUCGACAGCCCCGCGAUCUCAUCCGCGCCUGCAACGCCUGCGACACCUGCAACCUCUGCAACACCUGGAACUCCCAGAGUGCCUGCAGCAUUUGCUUCAGGUGCACCACCUAGCCACAUCCCAUCCCCUGCCAUUUCUGAUGUCCGCACGCCCUCACCUGAAACCCUAGUUACUGGUGUUGCUGCAGUGGGCACUGCUGUUACUGCUGGAGCUGUUGGCGCCGUUGCAGUUCGCCGAAGCUUGAACGACGGAAAGCUCCAGGAACAGCCACGCGACGGCCCUGCUCCCGCAAGAGAUUCUCCUCCUCCAGCUAGUCCCGCCAUGAGCGUGGACUCUACCACAGCGUCUGCAGUUGCCGGCGCUGGCGCUGGUCCUGGUGCCGGUCCCGCUGGGCCUCCGAACGUUCAUCGCGUCCAGCUUGACUUCUCCCCUUCGAUGGAGGAUGAACUUGAACUUCGAGCUGGACAACUUGUCCGCCUCAUGCAUGAAUAUGACGAUGGCUGGGCCCUCUGCGUCCGUCUCGACCGUUCUGCGCAAGGCGUCGUUCCACGAACCUGCCUAUCCUCCCGCCCCGUCCGACCCCGUCCCCGCAACCAAUCCAAUGCCGGUCCCCGUGGCCCACCACCAAUGGGAUACCCUCCUGGCGGUCCCCCUUCUGACAGCGGCCGUUCCAUGUCCAUGAGCAGCCAAAUGUCUCAUCACAGCCCCAACCCCAACGGCCCCUUAACUCCGCGCUUCCAGCCGCCUGCAAACGGCCGCCCGGCAUCCCCAGCAUCCCCCGCGCCAUCUAGCUACCGCACAUUCCCACCCCAACAACACCCACAUCCCCAUCAGCCACACCAAAAUGGGCGCCCAAUGUCACCCGCCCGGUUCCCGCAUGUGCCACGCUCCCUCUCGCCAGGUCCCGGACGCAUCCCGCAGCCACGCUCCAUGAGCCCCGGUCCCUACGGUCCCGGCGGCAUGAAUAAGCCAGCCAUGUCUGCAACCGCCAACAGGAGACGAAGCCACAGUACCAGCGCAGCUAUGGGGCCUGGUGGCAAUCCCGCAGGACCAGCACCAGUGCCAAUGCCAGCGCCACAAGGACAGGACCGACAACAGCAAUUUGCCCUGCCAUCUGCCACAGCUGGCUUUGGGGGGUAUCCGGAACAGGUGAUGCCGCCGCAACCACCGCAGGUGCAAGCGCAGCAGGCCCCAAUGCCAGCACCGGCACCAGCGCCCAUGCAGGCACAGGUAACUCCGGAACCAUCGCGAAGCCCACCGAUGUCGACGGAGCCUAUUGAACGGAAACCGCUCCCCAGUCCAGCGCAGCAGUAAAUUGAAAUAGAAUGAACAUGAAUAGGGCCACGAGUGAGAGAUGAAAUGUGGAGUACUUUUUCUUUUGGGUCCAUGCUCCUGUUGUGAAUGGAUGGGGCGUAUUAUCUAACAGGAGAGACGAAAGAUAUAUCCAGAAAACCAGCUCGAAAAAAAACCGAAAGAAAUCGAAAUCAACUAAAAAAACAUCCCCAACCUGAGAAGCUAAUUUGGCAAAAUUUCUAUUUUUCUAUUUCUCUAUUUUUUCUAUUUUCGAUGGUGGAAGUGAAUUUGAUACCAGUUUACGGUUUACAGAUUUUUCUUAUUUUUUUCUGUAUUUUUUUCUGUUUUUUACAACACUCUAUUCCCCUCGUCCCCCUUCACCACACUGAGCUUAUCCCCCUUUAAUUUCUUUCUUUCCCCGUAUAUAAACCCAACCCCCCCUGUCUUUUUACCACUGUAUUUUGUUGUUAGUUUUGCUUGCUAGAUUUGCCUGAUAUUCCCGCCCCCUUCCCGGUGAAUUUUCCCAUCCUCUCUCCCCUUCUUAACUUUCCUUCACGCAUAUUUUUUUCUUGUGUCAUACCAUAUGUAUGUAUGUAUGGCACCUUAGCACUGUUCACCUUCACCUUUUAUGUGGCAGGAGGGGUUUAGGUAAAUUAAAUAAAUAAAUAAAUAAGUAAAUGUGUAGUUAUGAGAAGGUUGAUUGAUGAUUGAUUGAUCUUGAUGAGAGAGUGAGGGGUGAGAGAAGAAAGAGAGAAGAUAUCAGUAGCUGAGUGAUUUGAAAUGUGAUUUAGAUAGAUUGUCUUGAUUAGUUUUUCUCAGGUAUGAAUAUAACUAUUUUUUCUCUACAUUUAUCUUUACCUAUUCCCAAUUAAUGCUAAGAAUUUGGCA